UCACACAGACAUUAAAGUGAAGUAAGGUCGGUCUGUUAAUUGUAAUCAUGCAAUUCGAAUUCUUUUUAAUAUAAUUUAUCUCCCCUUAAAAAUAAGGUUUAAAUCUAUAAGUUGCUAUUUCUACCAAAUAUAAUACCCAUUUUUUAUGAAAGUCCCUCAAUAAGUUCCGAUUUGUGUCUUUUUCCCUGCUAAAAAGUUAAAUUAAAAUACACUGUUUUGAUGCAAGGGUGCAUCAAAAAGCUCCCAAACUGACAGUCGAGUCGAGUACAUAGUGCAAAAAGAAAAUGUUUUCCUUUUGCUGUAGUCAGCAGAUUUAAAAUAAUAUAAAAAAAAACUGCAAGUACAAGAAAUUUGCGAGCAAAGCAAGAGACUGUAUUAUGCAAUUACAAGGAAGAAGUUAGAUAACACGAAAUGAUUUACAACAUCCGUCAGCCUCCAGUUUAUGCCGCCCAACAACAGCAGCCACUAGGACCGAACAGUGGCGGCGGCGGUGGUGGCGGGACAGAUCAAACCACAUCAAGUACAAUGAAGCAAAACAAUGGGCAUUUGCUGGCAGAGAAGCUAAUCAUCGGCCUUGACCAUGUACCGCCUGCAUUCAAUCUUCUCGCGCAGCUAAGGGGCUUGAAUGGUGCCAAUUUACAAUACAUCCGCAAGGAGACAGGGGUGAAUAUUACACUGCGCGGUAUGGGAUCGUUGUUUGUCGAUCCCGCCACCGGCACCGAGUCUCAGGAGCCACUUCACUUUUUUAUCGAACAUCAGCGUUUGGAGAAUCUCAAUUCGGCCAAACAACUCGCAAAAAAUCUGAUCGAAACUUUGCAACAGGAGUUCCUACAGUUUCAGCAGCAACAACAAUCGCCGGCACUACCUCAGAUCAAUAUACCACCUCCUUCGCUGAUAAGUGUGCCUCCGCCGUCGAUUAUUCAAUCGAACGUAGCUCCGCCGGCAGUUCCUGCUGCUGCUACUGCUGGUGGCGCAGCUCCGGCGAACAUAAUUCACCAGCAAUUUUUGACGCAGGGGGGAAUCCCUAUCCAUAUGCAACAAGGGAAUAUGGUCAUCCAGCCGCAGCCGGGAGGCAGUCAUAACUUGAGCAUACCCCCACCAAUGAAACAGAUUGUCCAGUUUCAUCAACCGCCGCCACAAAUUCAGACGGCAGGUGCUCCAUUGCAAGCCACACAGACCACAUCGUCUCCGAUUAUUCUCAAUCAUCAGCCUCAGACUUCGAUCCAGUAUCAAUACAUUCAGCAGCCGGCUAGGGAUGCACAAGGCAACCAAUUGACGUUGCAGCAGGUAUACCACCAACAACCGCAGCAAAUACAAGGCAUACAAAUGCAGGCCCUACCACCUCCCAAUCAGCUGCAGCAACAACAGCAGUAUAUUACUGUCCAAGGAAAUACCGCCUAUAUGGUUCCUCCUCCAACGAUAAUCCAACAGACUCAAGGUCAACCCACUCAGUUGUCGAUUAUUCAACAUCCUCCACCACUUCAUAUGCAGCUACCACCUGGCUCGAUCACUGUCCAAACCCCAAUCGCCGAAGCAAUGCAACAACAAUUGGAGCAGAAUCAGCUUAGGGCGGAACAAGCCUCGGCUACAGAAAAUGAGGAAUACUCGAUCGAGAAGCAAGAGGAAAUUGAGCAACCUCCAGUAGACGAAGAAACUGGAGUAGUUGUACCUACUGCAGCUGAAAGCGAAGUGUCCCUCGUUCGCACCCUAACAACAUCCGUUCCACCUCCUCAACAACAACUGAUGCGCCAGCCACCUCCGCCACCCAUGACACAUGUACCUCCGCCAACAAUUACUAUGUCUGUGCCUCCGCCGAUAAAUGGCGUCCAGCAACAUAUCGUUGGAAAUACUCUCUACACUACAACAACCACAAAUCCCGUCGGCAGCAUUCAGCAGUUCCAACAGCAAGUAAUACCCUUGCAACCGCAGCAUCAACAGACGCAGCAGUACAUCCAUACCGCUCCAAAUGGCCAGAAUUAUGUUAUGAACACUGCGACAGCUCAGUGGCAAGCUCGAGCUCCGCAGCCCACUCAAUUCUUGACACAGCAAAUCUCGGCUGGCGACAUUCACACACUACCACCGCCGGCAGUUUCAAUGAGCGGGAUUCCGGUGUCCGGAGCUUCUGUUCAACAGGCAGCACCAAUGGCAGUUACGUUUUCGCAACCCAUGAUGCAGCAACAACUUCAACUACAGUUUCAGCCCCAAAUGAUGCAACAAGUACAAAUGCAAGCGCAACCCGGUACCCAGCAGUUCAAUAUUAUUCAAACGCAACCACCUCCUACUCAAGCGCUGCUCCAACAGCAUCAUCAGCAGCAGCAACAACAACAACAACAACAACAAAUGGGACUUAUAAGUGUGAAUCAGAAUGGUUUAGCCUACACUCAAACAACUUCAAGUGCUCCGCCCGCCUUUUUACAACAGCAGCUGCAGCAACAACAUCAACAGCAACAACAUCAACAACAGCAGCAGCAACAGCAGCAGCAGCAACAAUUACAACAGUUGCAGCAGCAGCAACAACAACAACUGCAACAGCAACAUCAGCAACAAAGAUCUCUGCCACCACCUCCGACGUAUGCGGAGCAAAUGAUGGUGAGAAGUGGACAGAAACGGAAAUCGACCAGCGAUCCCACUGAGGCACCUCCGCCAAUGCAACCUAGAUUAGGUGUGGGAACUCAACGGGAUCUAGCGGAUUAUACUCAGGCACCUCCUCCACCACCACCGCCACCACCAACAACAACAUCUAGUUCUAAUUUAAAUUCAACAGGUGGCGUUGGCAUCGGUCAAGAUAACGGUACUGAGCCACCGACGACCACAACAAUGGCAACCGAAUCCAAUCAGUCUACAACACCAAGUCACACGACUCAAGGUCAGAAGCCUGUAGGAAGUCAUCCAGCCUAUAUAGGAAUGAUGCGGUAUAACUCGGACGUGCGCAGAAUGGACGGAGGCGGACCGCAGCCACCUCGUCCUCAAUACUCAUCCGGGCCUCCACCACCACGGGGACGAAUGAUGUUCAACAACAACUACAACAGUAUGAGACCAUCGACUCAACAUGAAGGAAACUAUCGCAUGGGGUUCGGACCGCUACCUUACCGCGGUGAAGGUCCUAGCCAGGGCAUGAAUAACUAUGGUCCCCGCAGGAUGCAGCGGUAGUGAUGAACUGAAUUAAAAUCAAUUAUUUACUUCAUAAGAAUUUAAGGCAUAUUUAUUUACAAUUUUUAAUACAUUAUUAUUUUUCUUUUUUCAUUUUUAAACGCAAACCAAAUAAGCUGAAAUAAGCACAUUUUUUUUAUUUUUUAAAUAUUUUUGUUUAUUUAAACAUAUAAUAGAUCCGAUAUAUAAUUAUAUAUAUAUACAUAUAUAUUUAGCAUAAAUAAAUUGGCUGAAUUAAAUAAAUUAAAAGAUCUACCAGUACCCGAUGAAUUAAACUGACUAAGUAGUGCUGUGACAUGAUUAAAAGAAAACAAAAAAGAAACACACAUUUUAUUUAAUAUUUAUCAAUUUGAUUUAAAAUAAUUCGAUGUGUAUUUUAUGUGGCUUUUAAAGUCCAAAACAAAGAUCAAGUAGAUUUUAUCAAUUUAAAUUUUAAUUAUAUACAUAAUAAUAAAUAUUAAAUGUAUACAUAAAUUGUAUAUUAGGAAUAUCUUUUAGUGUUUUAGCGAUGAUAGUAUAGAGUUUUUUUUUUAAAUAAAAUUACAAAAAAUAC